UUUAGUACAUUUGCGCCCUCUUAGGAAUAUCGUGGCUUGGACUUGUUGCGAGGAACGACUGCGAAGUUAUCUUCUGCUAGCUGUGAAAUAAUAUUUCACCGUUAAAACAAUGACGGUGUCUCAAACACAUUUCAUACUGUCGUGCAGGUGGAAUUUUAUUAUCGUGAUCUUAGUGCUGUGCGACGUAUCGCGACAUGUAUCGUAUUGCGAAGAAGCAAUUAACCUUAAAAGCACCAAAGUCACCGAAAAUGUCACAUCUGCGGUGACGGACAAGCCGAGCGUUUUAAACCGUACUCUUUUGCCAGAAUUAUCCAGCACAGCGCGAGCCGCGAAUAAUAAUGCAAAUAAUAUUUCGAAUAACAUUGGUAAUUACAACGUCAGCUCCUCGACCACCCUGAAACCACCAGCCACAUCUGCAAGUACGACACAUUAUGAGAAUGUGGCUGACCAAACAUCCGAGAAGAUCAGCACAUCACCGAGUUCGGUCAACGACAAAAAUGUAACUACCAUGUCAGACUCCAUUCCUGUAUCGCCGCAGACUCCUGAUGCCACCAACACAACGAACACGAGCACUACCACUGUUGCUCCGGCGGAGCCAGUUUUACCUGACAAGGGCUCCGCGGAAGAGGAGCACAACAGCUCCAUGUCCAUAUUCUUCGUAUUGUGCGUGCUGGCACUGGGCAUACUACUAAUACAUUUGAUGCUGCACAUGAAUUUCCAGUAUCUACCUGAGUCAGUGGUGAUAGUCGUCUUAGGUGCUCUGAUCGGCAUGAUCAUAAAUCUCAUGUCGCAUCAGAACAUAGCCAACUGGCGAAAGGAAGAAGCUUUCUCACCAACCGCAUUUUUCCUGGUUCUUCUACCACCUAUCAUAUUUGAGUCGGGAUAUAAUCUGCAUAAGGGAAAUUUCUUUCAGAACAUCGGCAGCAUCAUGGUAUUCGCUAUAUUUGGAACAGCUAUCUCUGCAUUUGUUAUUGGUGCUGGAAUUUAUCUACUAGGUCUAGCACAAGUGGCGUACAAACUCAGUUUUGUGGAGAGUUUUGCAUUUGGGUCGCUGAUAUCAGCAGUAGAUCCUGUAGCUACAGUUGCAAUUUUCCAUGCUUUGGAUGUCGAUCCUGUUCUGAACAUGUUGGUCUUUGGAGAAUCAAUCCUAAAUGACGCAAUCUCCAUUGUAUUGACAACUUCUGUCUUGGAAUCCAACAAUGCCACAACGACCAGUGAGGCUAUUAUACUUGGCUUGAAUCGAUUUUGCCUCAUGUUUUUUGCGUCAGCAGGAAUUGGUGUAGUUUUUGCUUUAAUAAGUGCACUUCUACUGAAGCAUGUAGAUCUUAGAAAAAAUCCAUCCUUGGAGUUUGGGAUCAUGUUGGUAUUCACAUAUGCCCCAUAUGUUUUGGCAGAAGGCAUACAACUAUCAGGAAUUAUGGCGAUUUUGUUCAAUGGAAUAGUUAUGUCACACUACACUCACUUCAACUUGUCAACUGUUACACAGAUCACAAUGCAACAAACAAUGCGAACGUUGGCUUUCAUAGCUGAAACUUGUGUCUUUGCAUACUUGGGAUUAGCAAUAUUUAGCUUUAGACACAGGGUUGAACCAGCAUUGGUUGUUUGGUCCUUAAUCCUGUGUUUGCUUGGAAGAGCCGCGAAUAUCUUCCCGCUGGCGUUACUCGUUAAUCGCUUCCGUGAGCAUCAAAUCACGAAAAAAAUGAUGUUUAUCAUGUGGUUCAGCGGCUUGCGCGGUGCCAUAUCAUACGCGUUGUCGCUCCAUUUAAAUUUCAGUGACGAAACGCGUCAUGUUAUUAUAACAACGACCCUCAUCAUCGUGUUGUUUACAACCUUAAUAUUUGGCGGCUCUACCAUGCCGCUGUUAAAAUUCUUAAGAGCCGAGAAAAAGCAGAAAAACAGCAGAAGAAAAAAGAAGGAUAAGGAAGUUUCACUAAGUAAAACUAGGGAAUGGGGACAAACUAUAGAUUCUGAACAUUUAUCGGAACUAACAGAGGAAGAGAUGGAAGUGUCCUUCUUGCAAUCGCGGAUUCGCGGUUUUGCUAGAUGGGAUCUGAAAUUCUUCAUUCCGUUCUUCACGAGGCGCUUCACGCAGCAGGAGUUAAAGGAUUGCAAGUCACAGAUGACAGAUCUGACGAAUCAGUGGUACCAAGCUAUCAGGAUCAGUCCGAUGGAUUCCGACGACGAAGCAACCACUGCAUCCACCGCGCAGUUAAGUCUCAAUGUCUGCGGAACAGCUAGGGAGCAAACGAACGGAAAGGAGAAAACCAGUCGUCCUAGUCACGGAACUGACGAGGAUUCAUCUGACUAAAGUCCAACUUAUCCCCAUUAAUAUUACGGAUUAUGUGUUAUUAAUCCAAUCUUUAUGAUUCUUCUUUAAUUAUACGGUAUAUUUGUUGAUUGGACGAACGUAAUAUGAUCUGGUAUUUUCAGUAGUAUUAGACACGUAUGUACACAAAUAGAUAAAUUUCCACUUGAUCUUGUGACAGAUAUAAAGUGUGUUAUCAUCCAUCGUAGCGAUUGCCAUGAUAUUUUAGCCCUCUUCGAUAAUUGUAUACUUUUUAUCAAGUUAAUCGGAAAUAAUUUAAAAUAUUCACUAAGUAAUCAAUCGUCGUGGCAAUUGUCACGAUGGAUAUUCUAUAUAUUAGAAAUUAUUUUUUGUUAUUUGAAACAGUGAUAUUAAGUGCAAACAACGAAAUUACAAAGUUACGAUAACAUAAUGAUGGUAUCGCACAAUGUUGUAUUGAAUUUAGUACUUAAAACGCGAUUGUAUAGUGUAAUAAUUAUUAUUUAUACAAGUGAUAAGAGAUAAGAGGUUCAGGCGAACUUGACGAGUUACCAAUAGUAUGUAGCAAAUUGAUCUGAGUGAUUUAUAAUGAAUUUGAAUUUUUUAACGCAGAUAAUAGAUUCUCCGAUGUUUAACGCUUAAUUUUUGAACUCGUUCAUUCACUUCUCGUACAAAGAAUUGUUUAGCCGCACUCGUAUUAUAUGAAGAGGAUUGCUUUUUUUUAUAUUAUACCGUUAGAAUAAUAUGAAAUAUUUGAUUUAUACCGUCUUAUUAUCAAUAGAUUCUAUUUGUACAUAAAUGACUUGGAAAUAAUACAAAAAAUAUAGGACAAAUGAAUGAACAAUCAGCAAGGUAUAAACAUUAAAACAAACAUUAAAACAGUCUAAUUUUAGCUGUUAAUUACCUGCGACGAUAUCGUUGCAAAAAGGAAACGUCUCAUUUGUUGUCGGACAUUUGCGUAAGCACAUGUUUUCGUAUCAUAUCAUUCUUGGGAGGAUGUACGAAGACUGUUAUCUCGUUUCCUUGGGACCGAGCGUUUAACUCAUCGCAUAAUUUUUAUAGUUAGAUAUAUAUCAACAAAAAAUAUCCACGAGUACUGUAUGGUCAUUGUAAUGACUAAAACCAAGCGGUGUAUGUAACAGAUAACGGCAGGUAACAUAUAAACGAUUGUACCACAGUGUGUGCGUACGCAUGUGUGUGUGCACGCGCGCGCGCGUGUACACAUAUACACACAUAUGUAUAAUCUCACUUUUCGAUCAAUAUUUCAAAUAUAUCUAAAAGAAACGUGAAAGAGAAAGUAUACUGUGCGUUGCACUUUGUAUGACCGCAGCUCGAUAAUCAUCCAGGGACAAUAAAGGUGAUAUAUAAUUUGUGAUAUACAGAAUAAAGGAAACUCAAUUAACCAUC